AUGCUUCACAAGUAUUGCCUGUUCUGUGUCACUAUUUUCGCCUGCUUUUCCGGUCUCUUCGCUGUGAGCGUGGAAGGGGCAACAUUCGGCAGGGAUGAUGAAGGGCAACGACAGCAGAUAUCUGAGGAACUCUUCGAAUCACUCGAAGAGCUCUCACGUCUCGUCGAUGUCUCGUACUGCGUUGGGACCACUAAAAUUCGGAAACCAUUUAAUUGUCUCAGUCAUUGUAGCGAAUUCCAGGGCUUCGAACUGGUCACCACUUGGAAUACCGGCCCCUUCCUCUCCGAUUCCUGUGGCUACAUAGCCCUCUCCCACGGACCAUCCCCGAAGCGCAUCAUCGUUGCCUUUCGCGGUACUUACUCGAUCGCUAACACAAUCAUCGAUCUAUCCGCCUAUCCUCAGGCCUAUGUACCGUAUCAUCCCGAGGAUGGAAAGAUGUCCGGCCAUUUACACUGUCUGAACUGCACGGUCCAUGCAGGUUUUUUGGCCUCUUGGAGUAACACUCGCGCCAUAGUACUCGAGCACGUAGCUGCGGCAAGGGCCCGUUACCCGGAUUACAGCUUGGUUUUGGUCGGCCACUCGCUUGGCGGCGCCGUCGCCGCCCUCGCCGGGGUCGAAAUGCAACUGCGCGGGUGGGAUCCACAAGUGACCACUUUUGGAGAGCCAAGGAUCGGAAACAAGGCCUUUGUGGGGUUUCUGGAUCGAAUUUUUGAUCUAGAUGGCUUGGGAGCUGAUGCCCAGGACUCAAGAUUUCGAAGAGUCACACAUGUCAACGAUCCGGUGCCUCUACUCCCAUUGCAAGAAUGGGGUUACGAGAUGCAUGCGGGGGAGAUAUUUAUCGCUAAGGUGGAGCUUUCACCUUUACCCCAUGACAUCAGACUAUGCCAGGGCGACAACGAUGCUCGAUGCAUUGCAGGAGCGGACGGAGCUGUGGGGUUGGUGCUGAAGGAGUUGGAUGAUAUCCCUUUGACCAAGCAACCUCUAUCGAAACGGGUCCAAUCGCCCCAUCAGGCCUUUUUGGCAGAUAGAGUACUUCAUAGUAGUGCAGAUGCCGAUGUUACUGAUCAUGAGCAACUACAGACGCCAUUCAGCCUGCCUUGGCAUCUCAUCCCCUCCAGGUACCGACUGUGGGAGCUGUUCUUCGCACAUCGCGACUAUUUCUGGCGGCUUGGGCUUUGUGUACCAGGCGGUGAUCCAACUGGCAAGAUAUCUGACAUUCAGAACUAG